CCUAGUCUUUGUUGGAAGGUGAAGGGAGCACACGGUUCUUACCAUACCAAUGCAUGCAAGCUGAAUCAACAAAACUGGACAAUGUACGUCAAAUUAUUUUCGCCACAAAAAAUGGGAACAUAUCCAAAAUAGAAAAUCUGGUUUUGGACAUCGAUUUACAUCACCUCCCCAAGUGCCUGGAAAAGGAAAGGCCAAGGACAGUCAAUCAUAUAGUUUGAUCUUUCUGUUAACAUGGACGAGGCAAGCUCUAAGAAAACAUCUGCAUUGAAUGAAAUCAUGGACUUUUAAAAGCAGCAGAAUGAGAUUUUCUGUCAGGAAAACCUGACCUACACAUGUGCAGGACAAGAUCAACAAAGAGGUCCACACUCAGAACAAUGAGACUAGUCAUCCUUCUAUGCCUGCUUGUCCUCAUUGUGAGGACUGAGGCCCAGAUACCAGACCCUUGCAUUACUAGCGAUACAAACAGAGCUCCAGAAAACUCUGACAUCUUUGUAACCUGCGGCAGCGACCAUAUGGACCUGGCCAUCUACAUUUGUCCCAUGUACCAAGCUCUUUACAACGAGUCUCUGAUGGCCCUCAAUAGUCAGUAUGACACACCUGAGUGUUAUGGCACUGCUGACUGGACUGUCGAUCCACCAGUCUUGAGAUUCAGUUUCCCUUUAAAUACAAGUGCUGUCUCAUCCUGCGGCAAUAACAUGAAGAUAACCAACGAAUUAGGGACGGGAGCGUUUGCCGACUUCUCAAAUGUCCAGUUUGCCAACAUCUCUGGCAUAGUUACCUCUAGAGACCCCUCCCUGGGCAUGAUCACCUAUCGCCCUCAGAUCCUUUACAAGUUCUCUUGCCUCUACCCAAUGCAGUAUCUCCUGAACAACACUCAACUGGCUGUAUCAGGUGUGAAUCUUGCCAUAAAUGACAACAAUGGCAGCUUCAUUAGCACACUCGGUAUGAAACUCUUUGAGGAUGAGAAUCAACAAACGCCUCUUUCUGUCCCGGCAUCAGGAUUAAACCUAAAGACCAAGAUUUAUGUUUCUGUUAAAGCUACAAAUCUCACCGAAAGGUUCAAUGUGCUGCUGGACAGAUGCUACGCAACAACAAUUCCAUUUCCCAUGUCCAACCGUUCCUAUGACCUUUUUGUAGGGUGUAAUCGUGAUGAACAAACUCAGGUGAUACUUAAUGGUGUGUCUCAGAUCGCAUCCUUCUCCUUUGAGGCCUUCAGAUUUGUGGAGCACAGAAAUCUGACAGUUUCCACUUUCUACGUGCACUGUGUCACAAGACUCUGUGACGUGUCCUCCUGUGUCGCCUUAAAGCCUGACUGUUCACAGUCUGGAAAAAGGAGGAAGAGAGAGGCCGAGGAUGUGUCGGAUUCUACUACAGUCUCUUCAACGGCUAUUCGAGUGGGCAAGAUUAGCAAUGGAGAUGCUCAGACUUUCUCGGCUUCUUAUGGUACUUCACCAGAGAGCGGCUACAGCAGCCCUGUGGUUGCUGUAAUUGUUUGCAUCGUCAUCCUGUCUAUUCUCUUUGUUGCCAUGGCUGCCUACUUUAUGUUUUACAUCAGAAGAAGAAAACCAAUUAUUCAGUAACAACCCCUGACUGAAAGUGAAGUCCCUUUACCUGUCUUCACGUUUUCUCCUCCAUCAUCACCCAAGCAUGGCUGUUAUGUGUGCUGCAAUAGUUAAACAGAAGACUGUUAAACAUUUUCAUUUCUCAAACAUAGAACAACCAUUGUCAUCAAUUCUAUACGCUGAGGAUCAUAUAACCACUUCAAUGCACAUAGUUUAUCAAUGUGGAUAUGGGGGCACACAAUCUGUACAAUGCUUGUGUAAUUUUGUCAGUCAUAUUGAGGUAUUUAAUAUGUGGUAUAAUCUCAAAGAAAUUAAGAACUUGAAAACGUUGUAUUUAGAAAUAUGAAAAAGUACUCAUGCCUUAUUCUUUAAUAA